AAUAAACAUUGCAACCUGACCCACGGAGCACACAGUCAGGCACAACACGUCAACGUGAGAGGGAGUCUGAGUGAGUCGCCGCUUAUGCUAACAGACGGGCAACAACAACGACACAGAUACGCACAUCUUGUGGAAGCAUUAUAUUGUCUCCAGAGGGGAGACGGCGCUCAGCAAUGUGCUUCGUCUUCUACAUUUAGCGCCGGAAAAGUCGUUAGCUUUGGCGGCUAACGCGAGUUAGCUAAGUUAGCUGUUACAUACCCUCGCUCCUGCACGCAGCUGACCUCUACCACAACACUUUAGCAUUUACUUCUUCUGCUAUCUUGGGGACGCGAGUCCCGCGUGACGUCACCUGCGACCCCCGCGCGGUGCUCUGCGGACGUUUCUCGAAUAUGAUACACAAUGAGCCAAAGAGACACCUUAGUUCAUCUGUUUGCUGGAGGAUGUGGGGGCACAGUAGGUGCCAUAUUAACGUGUCCACUGGAAGUGGUGAAGACGCGGCUGCAGUCGUCCUCUAUCACGCUGUACGUGUCUGAGGUUCAGCUCAGUACUGUCAACGGGGCCAGCGUGACGCGGGUGUCGCCUCCCGGACCUCUGCACUGUCUUAAGUUGAUAUUGGAGAAAGAAGGAGCCCGCUCUUUAUUCAGGGGCUUGGGUCCAAACUUGGUGGGCGUGGCACCUUCCAGAGCGAUCUACUUUGCGGCUUACUCCACGGCCAAAGAGAAACUAAAUGGCAUUUUGGAACCAGACUCCACACAGGUCCACAUGGCGUCCGCUGGAAUGGCAGGUUUUACAGCAAUCACAGCAACGAAUCCUAUUUGGCUCAUUAAGACUCGCCUGCAGUUGGAUGCAAGGAAUCGUGGCGAGCGGAGAAUGAGUGCGUUUGAGUGUGUGCGCCGCGUCUAUAAGGCCGAUGGCCUUCGAGGCUUCUACAGGGGAAUGUCUGCGUCCUAUGCUGGCAUUUCAGAAACUGUUAUCCACUUUGUUAUCUAUGAAAACAUUAAACGGCGCCUCCUGGAGGCCAAAGCGCCCAACAUGGAGGAGGAAGAGGACUCGUCUAAAGAUGCCUCAGACUUCAUUGGCAUGAUGCUUGCUGCUGCCACGUCCAAGACUUGUGCCACAUCUAUUGCUUAUCCUCAUGAGGUUAUUCGCACCAGGCUACGAGAGGAGGGAACAAAGUACCGCUCCUUCUUCCAGACUCUAAAAACAGUCCCCAAAGAGGAGGGGUUCCGUGCUCUGUACCGUGGCCUCACCACCCACCUGGUACGCCAGAUUCCCAACACCGCCAUCAUGAUGUGCACCUAUGAGCUGGUGGUCUACCUCCUGAAUGGAUAAACCCCCCACACGGUCCUUCAAUGAUGAAGCUAACUCCACCCCAGGCUCAAGAAAGAAAAAGAAAGAGGAACGGCGUCUGUACACCAGCUUGCACAAUUAACAACCUGCUUGGCCACUAAAGGACAGAGACAACCCCACAGUCACACAGGUGGUGUUUGAAUUUAAAAAAAUCUUUGUGUUUCUUUUCAUAACCAAAGACUAUGGCACAAGGAUCACAGUCGAAAGUCAAAAUGGCUCUUGAUUUUUUGUUUUGGUUUAGCUACAAACAGGAAGUAGUUUUUGUUUUUUUCAGAUAAUCUGAGCUAAUUCAGCAGAAGUAACCAGACACAAAUAUUGCAUUUGACAAAAUUUGAAUACACAAUUUAUUAGAAACUUUUCAACAAUUGGCUGCUUUCUUUUGAUGAGUUCAAACUAAUUGGAACACUUACUAUCUUCUGUAUCCCUCAGCUCAUACACAAAUGUGAAAGAUUUUUCUAAAAUCAUUUAAAUCAACAGGUGCUUAAAGCUUUUAACAAGCAAGAUAAAAAAAAAAUGAGGCAGGAUGUAAGAGUUUAGGAGAGACCAACUGAUGAUGUGCCUUGGUGUGAAAAUGUCGCAUAUUGACCAUGAUGCUCUUGGGCUCUGUGGUGUCAGACUACACAAUCAACAAGUUGCACACUUCUUCACGUGGAUGGAAGAACUCAAAGUUUCAUGAGCUCCAUGAGCUAUAGCCACAUGUGAAUUUAAUAGUUUAGACGACAUACCGCGAUAUUUUGUCUAAAACCUUAAUUGAUAUCCGUUUGAAGUGUGACUGAAUCCGUGGCUAAUUAUGAGUGACGUCAGCCACUGUGUGUGAGUGGGGAAAAAAAGCAUGUAAAAUCUCCAGUUCAGGCUCUGGCUGCUGGAUUGGAAAUAAUUCAAGAGUGUAACCUUUCUUAGAGCAAGGAAGUGAAACAAAUACCCCUGUUGUGAGUAAAAAUACAUAUAAUAAUUAACGAGUUUUAACUAAUUGUGAUUUUUUUUUUGGACAUGUAUACAUAUAAUAUAUAACCUAAAUAAUGUGAUUUUUUUUUUUUUUUUUUUUCUUUUUUCUUUUUGUAAGCCCGGUCUUGGUAAGGCCAACAUUUACAGUGUUUCCUCCAGAGGAGAGCAGAUUGGUUAAAGUUGUUACCUUUGUCUCUGAAAAGGUUUUGUCUCUUUCGCACUUACCACCUCAUUCCUAGGAAAAGAAAAAAAAAACGCUCAUUUCCUCAUGUGCUUUUCCUUCACAAGGAGAAUCCAGGCUUGUUGUACAGGCGAGGACAAUCCUCUUGAGUUUACACUGGAAAAUACUUGUAUAGUUUUAGUCGGUUCAGAGAAGAUUGUUGGGAAUAUGUUCUCCACAAACGCACAUUCAUGACACAAAAAUUGAUUUUUACUCAUUCCUUCCCCUUGUGUCCAACUUUGGGAAUUCCACAAAAUAAAUCCUCAUUUACUGUUUUUAAGUCAUUAUAGGUGAAUGUUUUACCAUAAAAGUAUAUUUUUUGUCAUUGAAUUGGAAAAAAGGCUUUCACUAUUUGUUAGCUUCAAAUAUGGUUUCCCUCACAGACUGCAAAAACAAAUGCUCUGCAUAAACUGUAGCUGUCAUGACUGACAUUAGGAAAAUGGUGAUCCUUUUAUCCAAAAUAAUAUCAAUAAAUAAAUUAACCACAAAAAACAGGCGCCUGCUAAAGCCCAGAUUUGCUUUCCUUGUGUCGUUUGUCCUGUAAGUCCAGUUGGGGUAACUCCAACCGUCUGAACGUCGUCUCACUAAUGCUAUUGUGUCGGUCAGUGAUCGGGUCUUCCUUCCGUCUCGCUUUACUUUUGCACCCCUCCCUCUGUUGUGUCAUUGUGUGUUUCUGCGAGAGGUUAGAGUUGUGAAUUUGUGUGUCCGAGUCCAUAGAAGUAUAAAUGUAAUACCUGCAAAACAGUGUUUAUUUUAAAAGGAAACUUCUCAUUUUAGCCAAAUUACUGCCUUUUCCAGACGCUCAUAGUGUUUUUCCAUGUGACGAGCCGACUGGAUGUGGCUCGCUCUAUGCAUUCUUCCAUACCUGUUUUUGUACAGAAAAAUGUCAAUAAAAUGAAAGAACUAUG